AUGCCACCCCCGGCCAUCCCCAUCCCAUCCAUCCAUCUCUACCUCCCAUCGCCGCCCACAAGCCCCCGAACGCCCGCCCCCCUUGUAGUUGCGCGCGUGGCGCGAGGACCACGACCGCCACCAACGGGCGAGGUAGGCAGCGGCACACUACCACCUACGGUGAGAAGGGAAGAAGAGAGGAUACGACGCGGCGGCGCCCAUCGCCGCCAGGACGUGGAUAUGGGAGGGAACGGGGCGGCGCUGGGGGGGGAUAAGAAGAAUAGGCUUCCCGUGCCACAGCUCGCUGCCCGGGUGUUCGUCUGGCUCGGCGGCGGCGGCGGCGGUCGUAUUUGCAUGGUCGACACCCCCCCCGUCUCUCUUCCACUCACGCACUCACUCACUCACCGGGCCGUUGAACAAACAACUGGCAGUUGCCGGAUCUGCAACUUUUUUUCUCUCCCUUUCCCCGUCCGUGCUCCUCCUCCUCCUCCUCCUUCUCGGAUUUGUUCCUUUCUCACCAGUCCCCGUUGCCCUUCUCCUCCUCCUUCUUCUCUUCUUGCCUGUCGUGUGUGUGGACAGACACACAGGCUCCCGUUGGCAGCGGCAGCAUAA